AUGGGGCUUAUCAAUGAAUGCCACUGCUUAUUCUGCAAUGAUCCUUGGGAAACAAGGGAGCACUUGUUUCUCCUCUGCCCUAUGGCUAAGCAAUUAUGGAAUUAUGUCUUCACACUUACUGGUAUGCAACAUUCCUUAACCUCUUGGGAUGCUUUUCUUUUGUGGGCAAGCUCUACUCUGAAAGGUAAAUCUUUGUUCACUUUUAUUAUGAAACUUGCUCUUAAUGCUCUUAUCUACAUCCUCUGGGAAGAAAAAAACAGGAGGCUCUUUCAAGGUCACAGCAGAAAUGCCCAAGAGCUGUUCACUACCAUUAAGGAUGUGGUGUGA